CGAUCAGCGGCCAUAUUUCGUUAUUGUCACUGGCUACUUGCUGCGAUUUGUCUAUGGUCCCAAAGUCCUUUUAUUAACGUUAAACCAUGGGGGAUUCCAUUGAAAAGUCUCAAGAAAAUCAGGAGGAAUCAUGCCCUAGGAAGAAGCAGAAAACUGCAUCAGAUACCAACAAGAACAGUGGCGAUGGAUCCGCAGAUCAGAGCAUUUUAUCAAAGUUUCAGAUUAAGAAAGUGCUGCGUGAUUCAACGCGGGAAAAAAACAUAUUCAUUCAUGGAGAGAUUGAUGACCAGGAGGCCAUUGUGAUCCUGGAGAAGACUCCCAUAGGGCAAGACACCCUCGUCGAGCUGCUCAAAGACUCCAGCCUGCAGCUGAAGAUGAAAAAUGACAUCUACAGCAAUUACCUGCUCAUUCCUCCUGCCCAUCUAAACGAUAUCAAAACAUCACUGAUUUGCCCAGCAACCCAGAAGCAUGUGAAGAAGUACCAGGUCCAGGAGACAUUUCUGGUGGAGGAGACGGAGGAGGACUAUCGUUCCAUAACCCUCCCCUACAUUCAGAGCCAAAGCUUCAGUGUGCAGUGGGUCUACAACAUCUUGGAGAAGAAAGCAGAGGUUGAACGGAUCGUUUUUGAAGAUCCGGAUCCCAAAACUGGCUUUGUUUUGCUCCCAGAUUUUAAGUGGGACACGAAGCAGCUGGACGACCUGUACUUGAUUGCUAUCGUUCGUCAAAAGGACAUCAAAAGCCUGAGGGACCUCCGAUCAGAACACAUCCCUUUGCUUGAAAACAUUCUGAAGAAAGGGCAGGAGGCCAUUCUUCAGCGAUACAGUGUCCCUGCGUGUAAGCUGCGCAUCUACCUGCACUACCAACCGUCCUACUACCACUUGCACGUGCACUUCACCUCGCUGAGCCACGACGCACCGGGCUCCGGGGUAGAGAGAGCCCACCUGCUCUCCGACGUCAUCCUGAACGUGAAGGCAAACCCCACGUACUACCAGCACCGUCCCCUAACUUUCACUCUACGGGCAGACGACAACCUCGCCUCCAAGUUCAGAGAGGCUGGAAAGCUCCCUGACUGCUGACUUUUAAAAUGUCAUCAUCUUUUUAAGUGUUUUGUAUUAAUAUGUUUUUUGUAAUUGCAGCCAUUUAAAUUAAAGAGGACCUAUUGUGCUUCUCCGGGUUUCCCCCUUUCCCUUCCUUUUUGUGCAUGUAAGUGUAUGCCAGAGGAAGUAGAACUCUCCGACGGAACCACUUUUCUUAGCUGCCACCUUGUUGGAAUUCCAGCCCUUUUUCCUUUGUUACAAGAUGACGCAAUCUCGUAACACAGUCCUUAUUACUGGUCUAGCUGACCAAUCAGAGCACACUGGGUUCAUCGGGUGGGAGGGCUUAAAGACACAGGAGCUCUAACAAAGCGUGCAAUGGCGUGUCGUGCAAUGGUGUAAUCGGUCAAUGUUUUGCUGUUUGACAUCAUGAAAAUGAAGCCAUUCACAGCUUAUCAGCUGGAGUUGUAGUUUCAGUUUCACUGGACUGGGGGUUCAUAAGGGUAGUCAUUCAAUGCAUAGCGUGGUCAAAAUAUAAACAAACAGGGCCUGUUAUGUAUUUAUUUUCAAGAAACACAAUAAAAAUAACAAUCAGUGAUGUGGAAAAUUGGAAAUAUUGUUAAAUUCACAUUAAAGACUACAUAAUGA